GAAUUCUGAGUAAAUUAUUUUUCGCAUUUAGUUGAGCUUAUAACGUUGUACGAAACAGUUGACGGAUCGCCUAGCAAUCAUAUCGCGUGCAAAUAAAAGCAAAAAAAAAAAAAAUGAUUAAUGGAAAAUUCUUUACGGGUCUGCCGCCCAGAAUGAUUGAUCGCCAUGGAACGCCAACGCAAAAUCGUUUAGAAUCUCAUUUAUAUUGGCCCGACGAUACGAAAGUUGAUUCGGCCAUCGAGAGUAAAGUGAAACGUAGAAAUAGCGUUCUAUCGGAUCGAAGCGAAAGACCGCAAUUAAAAAAACAAAUAUCAACAGAUGAUGAUGAAGUCGAUGUUAAGGAAAGAUUUCAAAGAGAAUUCACCAAAUCGUCCAUACAGUUCUACGAUAAUUUAAAUGAAGACGUCAACACAAAGAAUACAAGAAGGCUUGCGAGAAGCUCGAAAUCAAUGAGAAAUGAAAUCGCGGAAAAACCCACUGCCACCAAAUUGGAGAUGCCUGAAAGUGUAGUCGAUGAGGCUUAUACCGCUGCCAAAAAGCAACAAGCUUACACUUCGAAAAUUCAAUUCUACGAUUAUGUCAAUGAACCGGAACCGCAAAUGCAACGGAAUAAUAUGAGAAAACCUAAAAUGGAUAUGAAUGAUAAACGCGACGUGGAAUUGAAUACAAAAAACAGUCCGAAACUACAAGUCAAGCAUAAUGUUAGAACUUUUAGCGAAGAAAAGGAAAAAAGCCCUAAAGUGAUUAACAAUAAUGAAAGUCAACAACAUCAACUGAAGACAUCUGAAAAUAUUGCGGAACAGAAAGAGGAUAAUUUAAGAAAGUCUUUCAACAAUCGGCCAAGAUACCGGGAAGAUCGCUUGGAACACCACCAUCAGCCUGCCAACAUGCAAUAUUCCCCGGACAGACUCAACGAGAGACGUCAUCCUUAUCGGCGAGAACCGUUGUACGAUCACGACUAUCGACGUUUAGAAGACAAUUUCCACGAUUGUGAACAAAUCGAUCAAGCGUACCUAGAUCAUCGACGGGAAAAAUUAAAUUAUCAAAGAGAGUUUUUAAUUCCUGAACCGAGGAGAGUCUUAAGAAAUCACUUUUAUCCAUAUGAUUAUGAAGAUAUCGAAGAACGGAUGAAUAAUAUGCAUUUAAGAGGUGCUGUGCGUCCGAGAAGAGUUACAAGUUAUCAACCAGAAUGGGACGAUAGAAGCUAUGGUAAUGAUUAUAUAUUGAUGUUGUUGCAACCUAAAUAUAUUAAAACAACACCCACUUUCAGACCCAGCCAACUAAAUAUGAUUUAUGGAUAUUUACCAACUUGCCACCAGUCACUAAUACUACCAGUUCGCGGUAAUUAUUACAAUAACAACAACAAUUACGGAAUUAUAUCAACAACAUUACCAUAUAGAGCUAAAGCAGUAAAAGGUAGCUUUAAACCAAGCGAUACAGAUUACAAUAAUUACAAUAACAACGAUAUCAUCAAUACAUUGAAUAGUUCACAUACACAAAACGCAAUUACCAUAAAUAAAACAAGCCGCAACAAUAACAAACAAGAUGAUGUUAAGCAAACGCCACGAGAAGCACCAGCAAGCACAGCAAUUAAUAUGAAAUCGUCACAAUCUUCUGAAAGACGGCAAUCGCGACAAACAACAUCGACAAAAAAUUUAAAACAUUUACGCAGUAGUUUAUGUUUUCAUGACGGCGAAAUAAUUGCGGAUAAUGAUGUAAAAGAAUAGUUUACAGCCCGACAAACGGCGGCACGUGGAGGUGCUAAACUGCGGUAAGCUUACCUCACUGAUGAUGAUGAUGAUGAUGAUGAUCGUUAUGUAGCAAUCUUGCGGACUUGUUCAGUAUUUCUCCUCUCGAUUACCAUAAUAGAAUCAAUCAAAUGUCUACGUCAUCAAUAUUUACAAGUUCUUUAGUCGCAAUGGAGACACAUUUCGCAAAGUUGUUCGCCUAUUAACAUUGAAAGCAAAUGCAAUGUUUUUGAUCUUUGAGAAGCAAGCAAGUGUUAAACAAUUCCGCUGUCCGUAUUAGCGAGACAUUUACUUAACUUAGUUUUUACUCUUUUUCUUUCUGAUUUUUUGCUUUCAUACGAAAUAUUAAUUGAAUUUGCAUGUUAGGUGAACAAAGCAGAAUAACACCUACUUGCAGUAAAAUGAAAACAAAAUGAAAAAUUGCAAUAUUUCUUAUUAGCUUAGUUUGUCUACAGAAAUUAAAACAUUUUAUGUAUUAUAAGAGUUUUUAAAUCUGGAAAUAUGUAAAUCUACUUAUAUGUAUAUAUCGAUGUUUGUUUAUGUAGUGUUUGU